UAUGCAGCUCUGAGCUAUUGCUGGGGCACUGGCACGUUCAGUGAGGAUGAGAACGAGCUAGUUGAACAGGGACAGACGCUGAAGGCUAAUCUGGAGAGCCGAUAUCAACCGUUUGACACUGAAAACCUUCCUGGCACGGUCCGCGAUGCUAUCAAAAUCACCCGGCGGUUAAGCGACCCAGAAAGCGGACUUGAGCUAUGCUUGCUAUGGGUUGACUCGUUAUGCAUCAUCCAGGACGACGUUCAAGACAAGGAGGUGGAGAUACACCAUAUGCAGGAAGUCUACGGCAACGCCGCUGUCACCAUUUGCGCAACGAUGACGACCAAGGCCACCCAGCCAUUGCUGAUGCCGCGUCUUGCGUGGUCAAAACAAGUCAAGCCAUGCCGCAUCGACACCUCUUGGCUGACCGUGAACCCCACGGCACCUGCUGGUCUCCGCUCAAGGACCCCGCUGUCCCUUCGGGCAUGGACACUUCAGGAGGAGCAUUUGUCGCCGCGGCUGCUUUUCUGGGGCGGCCAGCAAUUUAGCUGGGCAUGUGGACGUGGCGAGUAUGUCGAGGAGACAUCUUCUAACUCUGUUCAGCCUCCUACCACUCAUGUGCGCAAAUUUCUUGCUGAGUGCCGUACAUCGGAACCCGAGGAGCUCUGGCGUGCAUGGAAUGCUAUAGUAGAGUCAUAUACGGCUCGGAGCUUGAGUAACCCAGCAGAUAGGUUUGACGCGCUCGCGGGACUGGCAACACGAUAUUUGGCCGCUAUUUCCGCCUACAACGAGUAUAUGGCAGGUUUAUGGCGGGCAACAUUUGCGCAGGAUCUCUUGUGGCAUGUUUCUAAAGCAUCUGGGCCCGACGUAGGAUGCCCAGGCACGGCAGGAGCCCCGAGCUGGUCUUGGGUGAGU